AUGCCCCCUUUGUACAACGCAAACACCACUAUGACCGAGCUGGUCGCCGAGUAUACAAAUCUCAUACAAGGCAAGGUGGUCCUCACAACAGGUGUCACGCUAGGUUCACUGGGUGGUUCGUUUGUCGAGGCAAUUUCAAAAGCCCACCCAAGCUGCCUGAUUCUCGCUGGCCGCAGCGCUGCCAAGUUGGACCAAUAUGGCAAGCAGCUGGAGACCGUCAACCCAGGUUUGAAGAUUAUCACUGUACAAAUUGACUUGGGGUCUUUGGCCAGUGUCCGCAAGGCUGCAGACUAUAUCAACACCCAUGAAAGCGUUCCAGUUAUUGAUGUUCUGGUCAACAAUGCCGGCAUCAUGGCUGUGGAAUAUUCUGUGUCAGAGGACGGCAUCGAAUCACAACUUGCGACGAACCACAUUGGCCCAUUCCUAUUCACAAACUUGAUAAUGGAGAAAAUCAUGCUGUCGAAAAGCCCAAGGAUUGUGAUGGUCAGCAGUGAUGGCCAUCGAUUGAGUCCUGUUCGUUUUGACGAUUACAACUUUGACGUGAGUUUGCUUGGCGCUAGCGUGCUACUCCAAGCUGGCGGCAAAACCUACAACAAAUGGGUAGCUUAUGGCCAGGCAAAGACGGCCAAUAUGCUCAUGGCGCUGUCGCUUUCGCUCAAGCUCGCCAACCGUGGGCUGCAGGCAUUCAGUCUACACCCGGGUGUCAUUUUCACCAACCUGGGUGGUCAUCUUGACUGGAAUACAGACGUUGGACUCCAAUCCCUCGACAGACAGCUCGGAAAUCGUGAAGGAUGGCAAGAUUUCAAACUCAAAACACUGGAUUCUGGAGCUGCUACUCAUGUAUAUGCAGCAUUCGAUCCUGCUCUGAAAGGUACUGCCAUCUCCGUCCAUGGCGUUGAUACAUCCCCUACAGUGGCCUUGGCAAAUACUAAUCUACAUCAUUUUCAAGUUGACAACGGCGCUUAUCUCAUCGACUCGCACGUUGCCGAUCCGUUGGUGGAUACUGUAAAGCCGUGGGCCACCAGCAGCUUCGAGGCAGAGAGAUUAUGGAAACUGAGUGAGACAUUGGUGGGCCAGCAGUUCGCGUACUAG